UGAAGGCAAUUUUCAUCAUUUUUUAUUUACAUCCAAGUCUGUCAAUUACUAAAAUAUUUCUUGUGAAAUUUAUACAAAUUUUUCUAAACUUUAAAGCAAAAUCUUGUUUGUAAAUUACGAUAAAUUGAAGAAAAAAUGUCUACUUUGGAAUUGUGUGAAAAAUACUUCGACACACGCGAUGUCUACAAAUUAUUUGAUGUUGAGAAAACGGCUGCCGAAAAAGACAUUAAAAAAGCAUAUUACAAAUUAUCAUUGUUAGUACAUCCCGAUCGUGUACCAGAGGCACAAAAGGAAUCAGCCACUGAAAAAUUUAAGUUGCUAUCGAAAUUGUAUCAAAUCUUGACCGAUCAACAGAAACGAGCGCUCUACGAUGAACAGGGUAUUAUUGAUGAUGACGAUGAUAAUUUGGAGGGCAAACUAUCGAAUUGGUUGGAAUUGUGGAGAAAACUCUUCAAACCUUUAACCGAAGAAGAUAUAAACAAUUAUGAGAAAUCCUAUGUCGGUUCGGAACUAGAAAAGGCCGACAUUAAGAAGGCCUAUUUACAGGGUAAAGGCUGCAUUAAUUAUAUGCUUAAUUCGGUACCUUUUAUGAAGGUGGAAGAUGAACCGCGCAUACAGGAGUUGGUAAAAGAAUUGAUAGCUGCCGGUGAGGUGCCGGAAUACAAAAUCUUUACCGAGGAGCCCGAACAAAAACGUAAGAAGCGUCACAAGAAAUAUGCACGUGAAUCUAAAGAAGCUGAGCAAAUUAAAGCAAAAAUUGAGGCUAAAAAUAAAAAGCGAGCAGAUGCUGCUGGUGCAGCAGGCGGUAGUCUAGAGCAGGCUAUAAUGGCUAGACAGAAAUCACGUGAAAGUGGUUUUAAUUCUUUAAUGGAUAGAUUGGCUGCCAAAUAUGCUGAUCUAGAUGAUGAGGAUGAUGUUGUGGACUUUAACGCUAAAGUCAAUAAAAACAAAAAGAAAUCUCAGCGAAAGGGCAGCAAGGAAACCGAUAGCCCAUUGCAUGCCGUUAAGAAGGGAAAAGUUAAGAAGCGUUAAGCAGGGAGGGAAGAAAAUAAAAUUAUCUUUUGUUUUGGUUUUAGUAAUUAGAUUUAUUUUAUACAAGAUAUAUAAACUCGUAUUGAAAUUUAAUUUAUUUGAUAUGUAGAA